AUGGGGUUGACGAAUUUUGUGCUGACCGUGGCAGGUGUAAGCGCCGUUGUUCUUCUUCUCAGGAGUGACGUCAAGCAAUCUGCCUCCAUCUUCCGCCGCAACGUGAAGCAGAUUCGCAACUGGCUUGAAGAAGAAACCGCCACUUCUUCCAAGGGUUUGGGUUUGGAUAAUGUAAGCAUAUGGGUUAGUAUGAUGAUGAACCAAUCUGGGAUGUUGUCUAGUAAAAAGGGACAGUUACUCCCAACGUUGGGUUAUGUGAAAAUUUCCUGGGCUUUAAGUUCCUUAAAGGAUAUGGGACUUGAAUAUAGAAAAUCCAUUAUAUUUUCUAUAUGUGAAGCUCAUGGGAUACAGUGCACAGAUUUGAGGGAAAGUUUGGAGCUUGAUUUGCUUGUGACUGGUCUUGAUUUGUCAAUGGAGAAGGCCACUCCCAAGGAACUUGAAUCAAAGGUUCCUCCCAAAGACAUGCAUAAGGAGGACAAACAUUAA